CAGAUACAUUCAAAACUUAAAUAACCGUUGUUCUCGUUGAGCCAAGAAUAAAUUUUGCUUCUUUCUAUUUUGUUUUUUGUGGACCUACAAGUUUUAAUAAUAGUCGAAAAGAACCUGUAACUUUCAGGCGGUGUGUUUUAUUACUGUAUUGUAAAUCAAUAUAAGGAAAGCGAAUGUUUUCGACUUAUAUAUUGAGCGAUUCUCCGUUUACUCCAAAUGAUAAAGGCAUAAAAACCAUUUACAAGAAAUUUCAAAAUUUUUUGGGCCGUGGUUCGGAAGUCACUGGUGGUAAAACCAAUGAAGAAAUGUUGACUUCCAGAGGCAAUUCAGCUGCUCCUUCUGAAGAUAGUUUUAUAACACCAGUUUCAUCGGUCGGCGAUCUGAUGGCUAUGUCACCGAAACGUAUGACUGACAUGUUGGAGCAGAGGAACGAAACGAGUGAUCUUCUUACCGGGUCGGACUUUGAUAGCAUCUGUGAUGUAACUAUGAAAGAGGUGCCGACAUCUGACGACAUGUUCAUUGAUGCCAAUAGCUUAGAUUAUCUCGUCAAAUGCGCUGAAUCUAAUCGCACCCACAGCCACAUAGAUCGCGGCAAGGAAAGUUUAUUUGUGAAAUUCGAUCCUCUGUACGCACGUCAGAAGCUGGAUGAUGCUCACUCUGUUAAUACUGAUUCAGUAGUCGAUUCUUUGGAGUGUGAUGUGGGUUAUGAAACGGGAAGUGCAGUGUCAGUUUUCACGGAUAACAAUGUUGUUGCGCCGAAGCAUUCCAUGUCGACUGGCUCCAUGCCUUCCAUGAGUCAAAAAGAGAAGCCCAUGCAAGUUGUACCACCUGUUGUUAACAGUGGUAUGCCUAAAUCCAGUGCUGCCCAUGUUAGAUCUACACCAGGCCUCAUGCGCAGUGUCUCUGCUAUUCUGACUCCAACUCGGGUGGCUACUGAGAGACUGGUCAGCAUAUCAGGUAACACUCCACCAACUGCAGCACCUAGGAGCCCUCGAGCAUACAAUAAUUUCUCGUCACAGGAAGUAGACCACUUACAUACUCUAAGGGGUAUUAUUCAAAAACAAGAACAGGAAGUGUUCCAGCUUAGACAUCAGAACAGAGAGCUGAGGAACAACCUGCAGGAUGUAGAGCACAAAUAUGCAAGAAUAACAGAAGACUUAGAAACGAAAGUAAAAAAGUUGACUGAUGAAAGGGACCACUCUCGUGAAAAAGAAAACAAAUUGCUCCAACAGAUAAAUGACAAGACCAUUAGAAAUAAACAAAUGAGUAUUGUCAUGGAGGAAUAUGAGAAGACCAUAUCUUCAUUAAUUGAGGAACAGCAACGGGAUAAAAUAAUCCAUCAGGAAACUUUAGAAAAAGUUACAGCAGAAAGAGAUGAGGCCUUAAACCAUCUGAACAGUAUGGAGAGUUCUUUCAAUGAUCUGCUCAGCAAGUAUGAGAAAUGUAAGAGUGUGAUAUUAGAAACAAAAGAUAGAGAGAAAAUGUAUCAACAGAAAAUUACUGAGUAUCAAGAUGGUGUGAAGAAGUAUGAAGAAUUGUAUGGGAAUCUGAAACAGGUAACGUCUGAGGCUUUGACUCAAGCAAACGAAACACUAGACAACCUCAAGAAGAACUACACUAUUGAAGUUACAAAAUUAAAUGCUACAGUCAAGAAGCAUGAAGUAACAAUAGCUUCUUUACAGGAGUCUUUGAGUCAGAAAACCAGAGACAAUGAGGAACUAAUGAGGUUGUAUGAUCAACUCAUUAGUGAAGUACAUUGAGGUGUUUGAGUAUCCUUGUCAUUUGGUGCUUUUAUUUUCCAUGCUUGUCUUUCGAGGGCUGUUUUCUAUGACUUCUCUGUGAUGAAUCUCAUUUUAUAUGUUAAAUUGUAGUAUUAGUAUUAUUUAUUAGUAUGAGCUUUUAUGACAUUUGUUUAUGUAAAAUUUGUAAUUAAGUUUCUCUUGUUAGUAAUGUUUAUGACAAUUUUGAUUCAAACUUUUCUUAACAUUGGGUAACAUUGUGUUUUUGUUUGACAUGUUAAAUUACUAUUCAUUUUAUGAAAUUGUUGACCUUAAAAUAACUAACAGCAACUUAAUUUAUUGGACCUUGAUGUAUAUUUUGAUUUUAAAACUGAUGCUAACUUUAACAUUUUGAUUGAUCUUAUUGAAAGUAUUACUAAUUACUAACAUAUUAUGUUUAUAAAAACAUCAAAUAAUUGCAUUUGAUACUUUCAUGGCAGCUUUUAUAAUAUACUAGUUUAGCAAUUAAUAAUUUAAAUUAAUACCAGUUAACUAUUGUUGUGCCUUAUAGAAAUAAAUCAUGUUUUUUACAAAUAAUUAUGAUGAAACUGUAUAAACUAGACUUGGUGUCUAUUGCCAUGUAAAAUAUUUCAUAGUUUCAUACCACCUGUAUAAAUAAAUACACUUUUAACUAAUAUUGUAGUAGCUAUAAAGCAUUUGAUAUGAUGGAGAGUGAAGGGUAUUAAAAAUUUGUUAGUGUUACAUUUUCGUUGUUAUAUUCCAUGUGGAUAGUUAGGAGGCAACUGUACAAGCAAUGUAUUUUAAACUGCAGUAGCGGCAAUACGCCCUAUCUGCCGUAGGUGUGUCUCGAACAGUAUAAGGUUUGUAAAACUUUUUAAUUAUAAAUACUUUGUGUAGCAACAGUCGAGAAUAAGUUGUAAUUUUUCUUCUUUUUAUUUUUGUGUUCUCAGCCUUCUCACACGUCUUUUGUACUUAGAUAUUUAAUAAAACAUUUAUAUAUAAAAAA